AUUCGUUAAAUGUCUAAAGUUUUCUACUUUUUUAUAUUAACUUCUGUUUCCAAUGGCAACAUAGAUUCAACUAACCCAAUAUGCAGUUUUACUCAAGAGUUUAUCACUUCUGAAUCACUGAAACAGUUUCCAAAAGAAUGCGAGACGGUUUUUGGAAACAUUCAAAUUGACGAAAACUGUGAUGUUUCCGAAAAACAACUGACUUCUGCAUUCAAAAAUAUGAAGGUGUUGUAUGGGAACUUAAAUGUCUAUAGAACAAACUUCACUUCAGGAAAGUUUCUAGAAGGUCUUGAAGAAAUUGAAUGCGAUAAAGAUGGUUUCUUCAGCUGGGAAAGAAACGAGUAUAUGAUUGAAAUUGGAAUGAAGAAUUUGACAAGAUGCUGCUGUCAAUUCAAUGUGAAUGAAAACAAGAAACUGAUUAGUAUGAAUUUGCCGAAUUUAAAGAACUUCUCAUCAAUGGAUGCCUCUCAAAUGAAACAAAUAGAGAUGCUCGUCUACGACAAUUCUCCAGAAGGUUGCAUUGAUAUUGAAGAAUUGUCACAUUUUAUUGCCAAUGACAACUUGUUCAUGAGCGUUCUCCCAGCCAACUUCUGUGCACACACAACAGAUGCCAUUAACGGAGAAAAGACUUGCGUUUUUGAAAGUUUCAAUAUUACAAAUAUGGAACCCGACUGCGUUCGAAUUGUUGGGCAAGUGAGAAUAGAUAGUGGAGAUGAAGAGCAUGUUCAUAAGUUAAAUUUAUUGAAAUUUAUCUAUGGAACUUUGAAUAUUGAGAAUACGAACCUGACGACCGUGGACUUUUUGAAUGAGCUGGAGUACAUUGUGACACUUGAAUCGGUUGUUGUUUCAAUAACUGUCAGAAACAAUCUACAAUUAUCAAACUUCUCGUUGCCAAAACUAAAGGGUGUCCGCUCAUCUGAUACUUUACAACAAGGGUAUGUACAACGGUGGAUCAGUUUCUAUGACAACCAUGAGUCCCUGAAAAAGUGGCUUGUCAAUAAUUCGAUUUGUAAUCCUUACAUGGAUAUUCUCAACGAAACAGUCUUGUACAGAGCGGAAAUUGAUAAAAAGUCGUGUGACAAAACGCGUGAUAUUAUUGUCAAUGAAGAAGUACAUCUGGAGAAGAACGUGGAGGAAUGGUCAGGAAAAUUUGCAAUUUUAACUUUUUUAACCAUACCUUUUUUGUUUAAAAUUUGAAUCGGUGUUAAUGACUUUUUACUUUAAAAAAAGUAAAAAGGUUUUGGCAUAACAACCCGUUUAGGUAGAUUUUGAAA